CUAUUUAGUAUGCAACAAGUUUAAAAUUGCGGCAUUAUAAUAACGCUUACCGUAGUAGCUUUGCUUCUAGAAAAUUGUUAAAUGUAGUUAGUUAAAACGUCUUAAGAUUUAAAAAUAAUUUGUUUAAGCACAUUUUUAUUAAUAAUUUGGUCAUAUCAGUUCAGGGCUUCUUAUCUCUGACUCCUUAUCAAAUAAUUCGUUCAGUGAGGAGCGUAUAAUAAGCGCCGUUAAAUUAUAAUAUACAUGUGCACGUUGAGUGUUACUUCAGUAUGACUUGGACGUGUAGAAUACUAAUUCAGUUUUAGUUAUUGGUAUGGCAUCGACGGAAGUGGACGUGGCCGGUCGUUGCUGCGCGAAUCUGUCUCGAUACCGUUCAUAUGUGUCGUGUUCGCGCAAAUAGCGUGCUGCCUCCGUACUGCAGACGCCUGCACUUGAUCGUGAAAGUUUAUUACCACUGGCCUCAAACACUAGAACCGUUACUAAAAGAAAUCGCCUUGUUUUGAGAUAAAGGUUGUUUUGUGUGUAAUUUCAGUGGUUAGAUCGGAAUUUACAUUGUCAUGGUGUGGUUUAAUCCAGAAACUUAUAGACAGAUACAUUUUUUGUGUUAGAACUCAGUUAUAAUCGGUGUUUGCAGUUUAACCAUGUGUUUUGUGUGCAGUAUGCAUAGUGGCGUAGAUAAUACUCAUGCUGAAAUCGAUGUUUACGAAUAGGUAGGUAUUACGUCAGAAUAAAUAUUGGUUUUAGCAGAGUGUAAAAUGGUUUGUCAGUUCAGUUCAUUUGUGACUUUACGUCGGAGACAUUGUGCAUAGGAUUCGUAUGUGAUACAAGUGUACAAGUAGAAAGAAUUCGGUCGGCGCUCGGGACUCAUCGCCGGCGUGAAGCGGGCGGAGCAGAUGGUCGCACGUCGCGCGCGUCACGGCGGAGGGCUGUGCGGGCUCGGGCGCGGGGUGCGCGGGCGGCUCGCGCGCCUCGCCGCCGCCGGGCUUCGAUCGCGAGCUCUUCCAGGAGCUGAGCUACCUCCCCGAUGCGGAGCUUCGCGAGUGUCUCGGCGAAUAUCCGGACUUCCUGUACCACGUCGCUCGGGACAAAUUUGGCCGACUAUACUUUCGCGUGAUCAGGACCUUGCUCCUUGAUAGAGUUCUAUGCAGCAACAGGGUGAGCCAAAUGACAAAAACCUACAAUGACAUCGAAGCGGUAACACGGCUCUUAGAAGAAAAAGAGAAAGAUUUGGAGCUGACGGCUCGCAUCGGCAAGGAAUUGUUAACUGCCAAUGGGCGUUUGGAAGCGCGAGUCACCGCGCUCGAGGGGGAGUUGCGAAGCGCACGGGACCACAUCACGCAGCUGAGGCACGACCUCAACGCGAAAGCGGAUCUACUACAGGUGUUAACAAAUGACACAGAGGAGUGUUCGUCCCCCGAGGAGCAGGAGGCGGCCAACGCGGCUCUGCUUCGCAAGCGCACGGGGGCGCUGGAACGGGAGAACCGUGCGCUGCGCGAGGAGGCCACGCGCCUCGCCGCCGGCGCCGACAGCGCAGAGCUGGCUGAGCGACAACUGCUGAGGGACAUCGCGCACCAGCUCGCCAGUGCGAAUUCCGAGGCGAGUGCACUGGGCUCGGAGCUGGUGGAAGAGCGGCAACGUUCGGCAGACCUCCAGCAACAGCUUGAUAGCAUCAAUUCAAGACUCGCCGUCAGCGAAAGAAAUUAUCAACAGUUAAGUGCUGAGCACGAGCACACGUUACGGAUAUUAGAAAUAACAAAAGAAAAUCAAAAUGCUCUCGCCGCAGAACUGGCUGACACGAAGGAGCGUUAUGUGGAAGUGGCAGCUCACCUCGCAGAGGCACAGGAGCAGCUGCGUGCUCUACGCAAGCGCGGCGAGCCGGCGGCGGCGCGCGGCCUCAUGCCCAGCGUGGCGGCCGCCGCCGGCCUCGUGCCGCCCAGUCUGCACCGCGAGAUGCACUCCUCCAUAUACUCCGAGCUCAGCCUCGACUCCGGCAUCGGCGAUCCGCUCGCACAAUCAAGCAUGCACAAGGUGUUUGAGACCGUGCAGUGUGCAUCGCGGUGGUCGGGCCAGUCUGGUCAGUCGGGCCCCUCGCUGCCCGGCUCGGACGUAGCUGACGGCCCUGCGACGAACGCGGCGUAUCUACGACCGCCCGUCAAACCUUCCAGCGAUUCCUUCCUCGAUGACACAUCGGAUACUGAUUCUGAUGAUCUUUACCCUGGCGGCACGGGCGUGGGUGUCCCCGGCGCGCCGGGUGCGGCGGAGCUGGCGGCGGCACUGCGUCGCCUCACGCCGCAGGAGAUCUACUCGCGCCGCGCCUCGCUCACCGCCUCCCAUGUCUUACGACAUCGUCGAUACACUGAGCGGGACGCGAGCGAGGAGAGUGCUGUGUGGGGCGCGGGCGCAGGCGGGCUGGCGCGGUUUCGUCCGCCACACAAGCUGCAGAUCGUCAAACCUCUGGAGGGCUCCCUCACCCUGCAUACCUGGGCUCAACUCGCCAAGCCCUCUAUGUCAGGUCUUUUAGAAGAACAAGAGGGCGUCGGUGUCCGCGGCUCGCGCACUACUGGUCACGGCAUGCGCUUGUAUCGGUUGUCCGACGUCGAAGAAGACGACGACAUGCCCCGCCUGCCACACUCUAGUCAUGUCUACACAUAUGUGAACAGCACUGUGCUGCAUCCUAACGACGGCAGUAUGAUGAGCACCAGUGCCAGCAGCGUGUGCAGCAGCGGCAUGAGCAGCCUGGCCAGCAGCGUGCUGGGCAGCGCGUGGAGCUCGCGCCUCACCUCGCGCCGCUCGUCCGCCGGCGGCUCGCCCGUGCACUCGCGCCGCGAGUCCGUCUGCCUGCCGCCCUCCCGCGCGCACUUCACGCCCACCGCCACGCCCGCCAACAGCCCGCUGCUCGGCUCCCCCGACACCACGCCGCCCGCCUCGCCCCGCCCCGGCGACGCGCCGCCCUCGCUGCACGCGCUCAUCGCGUCCGGCACCUCCAUCCUGCGCCGCCGCCACCUCGCCUCGCCCGGCGGCGACGGCUCGCCUGCGCCCAUCGCGCUGCAGACACCUGGUUCCCUUUAUACUGGGCUCAUGCAUCGUAGUCCUAUGGAGCAGCUGACGUGCCUCAAGCGCACCCUGCGCUCGCCGGCCGCGCCCGUGGAGAGGCGCCUGGGGGAGCCGGUGGAGCCGCCGCUGGGCGUGCCGGCGCACCCGGGCUCGGGCGCGCUGGACACGGCCGGCAGCAUGGGGGCGCCGGGCUGCCUGCGGCGGCCGCCCCGCGCCCGGGCGCCGCGUCCUCGCUCGGACCUGGGCACGGUGGGGUCGGGGGUGCCGGCGCCUGCGCCGACGGCGCCGGCACACUCCUCGCAAACGUCGGCGUUGGGCACGCUGAGUCUACUGUUUGGCCGGAAGGGUGGUCUCUUGUAGACGAGCGUGUCCAUGGUGAUCCACUAGCGGCGAUGCGUCAUUGUCAUCAGUAGUCGAUUGCAUUCGUUCGUUCACCGUCCCUAGAUUUUGUUUUUUUUUUCUGUGGGACCUUAAAUUAAUUAGUUAUUUUUUUUUACGUUUUGACGUGUGUAUUUUGGAAUUAUUUUGUCGAGUCGAGGUAAGCUCGAGUGCAUUUAUAAUAUGUAAGUACGUCCUGCUUCCGGAAAUAAACUAAUGUGCAGGCACUGAUAAAAAAAAAUACUUAGGCCCAAGUUCACUGGCAACAUAAUCGUCAGUUUUCUUUAAAUAUAAUAAGAAGUUUAUGUUGUCGGUUUACUUGGGCCUUAAUGUAUUGUCAAUUUAAAUCCUCAUUCAUAUCAUUCACACACCAUUCAUAUAAUUUGAGGUUAUUAUUAUAUUACUGCAUACCGGUAGAGGGCGUAGUCGGCUUGCAUUUGAUACUGAGGAAUGGGAGAAGUUACAUUUGAAUUGAACAUCCAGAAAAAACGACUCAUCACACGAAUUAUUAACUUUUACUAUUUUAAUGUUUUAAUACUUAAUUGAUGCUAUUAAUUUGGUAGAUUUUGUAGUUGUAUGAACCAAACAAUCCUGAAACAGAAGUCUGUAGUAUUAUAUAAUUAUUUAAGGGUUGUAAUAUUUCUUAGGAUAGGUGAAUAGUGAGACUUAACACUAGGUUUUGUAGGUGCUUUAUGAGUAAUAAUUUACAUAUUCCCAAAUCUCAUCUCAUUGCGUAGUAUUUUCAUGCUUAUGAUUAUUACUCUUUGUCUAGUUAUAAAUUUUGUAUGUGGUAUUGUAAAUAAUUGAAUUUCCAUUAACUUAGAAGAGUACAAAGUAUUUAUGUUUAUGGAUCCAAUUUAGUGUAAUUCAUAAUGAAUGCGGAAUAACUUAAUUUUGUUUUAUAUAUUGCGAAACUUCUAUAUCUAAUUUCCUUUACCUUCGUAUUGGUAUAUAUUGGCAUUAGUACUGUUAAUUGAUUCUUAUUCGGCAAUUCUUUUGUGUUAAAUUGUUAAUAACAUAGGGUCUGAGUAAAAUAAUGGUGCAUGCCAUAGGAUAAGUAGAACUGAAUUCAUUUUAAAUUAACUGAUCAAUGAAUAAAGUAUUCACAUAAUAUGUGAUGUUAUUUUUUGUUUUUGUAAUAGCAACCAGUUGGUAAUUUAAUUUCACAGAUAAUCUUAAGUUAUUGAAAUUGGUGCUAGAUAAAUAUUUUUCUGCCAGUGAGUUGUUAGUUGCACGAUUACAAUUUAUGUGAUCGUGGGUUGUCACGUGCAAAAAUAUACAACAUAACAUCUUGUUUAUAGGUAAAUAACGACAAAUGCAUGGAAGAAUUUCGAAGUGUUUGCAUAUUUUUACAUGUGAUGACAUUCUGUUUGUUUGUUGUGAAGUUGUAUCAUUCAUAAUCUGGGCCAGGGUUUCACUUUUGUGUUUAUCAACAUAACAAGAAUCAUAAACGUAAGGACGCGGUAAUAUGUGAAAGGGCUGUGAGGUGAUGAGUGUGAGAUAGUUACGCGAGUGCGAGUGUGUAGUCAAAAAUCUGAGAUUACAAUAUUACUACAGUGAGGUAGGCACAAAUCGUGUAGGCUAAGUAAGGCGAAUUUGUUGAUAUUUUGACGAUUAUGAAAAAAGGAAAAUGAUUGAAUUGUAAAGAGAUAUAAUAUAAUUUAUUGAAUGAAAA